AUGGGGAAUACUCCUAAUCCAUUUGGAGAAUUGGAUUUGCAUUGGCGCUCCUGGAGCUCCCAGCCCUGUGCAUUGGACUGGACUGGAUCCGACCUCGAAAUCCAGUCCAGUCCAAUCCAACAAGAUCACUGCGCUGAAGGAGAAGAGACAGCCGAAGGCAAAGUCCCCGAAGGUGAAGAGGCCGCUGCCGACCUCACGGAUGAGACCAAGGACAAGGCUGCCGAAGGCGAGGAGGCCGCUGGCGAUCUCCCCGAGGAUGUUGAAGGCAAGGCCGCCGAAGGAGAAGAGACAGCCGAAGGCAAGGUUGCUGAAGGCGAAGAAGUCGCUGGCGGCGUUGGCGAGGAGGCUAAGGACAAGGCUGCCGAAGGUGAAGAGGCCGUUAAGAAUAAGGCGGCUGAGGGCGAGGAGGCUGACAAAGAGCCUCUCGACUUCACCAUCCUCAAGGGCACCACCGUCGACAAAGAGGGGAAUCUCGUCAACGAGAAGGGUGACAAGCUCGGAAAGGUCGUCGAAGGAGAGCUCAAGCAGCUCAUCGGCCUCUAUUCUGACGACCAAGAAAGCUGUCUCAGCACUACCGGCAAGCAACUUGGCAAGGCCGAGCCCAUCCCUGAGUGGGACCGCGAGCAGAAGGACUUCUCAAUCCUCAAGUAUACUACUGUUGAUAAUAACGGAAACCUCGUCAACGACAAGGGCCACCUCAUCGGACGUGUCAUUGAAGGCGAUAUCAAGCAGCUUAUUGGUCUCACUUCCGACGACCAGGGCACUAUCUGGGACCGAACCGGCAAGCAAAUCGGAAAGGCUGAGCCUCUUCCCGAAUGGGAGCGUGGUGAGCAGAAGGAUUACAGCAUCCUGAAUGGCACUACUGUCGACAAGAACGGAAACCUCGUUAAUGAGAAGGGCCACCUCUUUGGCAAGGUUAUCGAGGGUGAGAUCAAGCAGCUCAUCGGUCUCACUUCUGACGACCAGGGUACCAUCUGGGACCGAACUGGCAAGGCCGUUGGUAAGGCUGAGCCUCUCCCUGAGUGGGAGCGUGGUGAGCAGAAGGACUUCUCCAUCCUCAAGGGUGCCGUUGUCUAUAAGGAGGGCGGUCUUGUUAACGAAAAAGGCGAUACCAUCGGCAAGGUGACUGAGGGUGAGAUCCGACAGCUCAUUGGUCUCAAGUCAGACGAGAACGGCAAGAUCUGGAGAGACGGCAAGGUCGUCGGCCAGGCUGAGUCUCUCCCUGAGUGGGACCGUGUCCCAAAGAAGGACUACUCCAUCCUUAAGGGCACCAAGGUCAACAAGAUCGGCAAUCUUGUGGGCUCCAACGGCACUGUUCUCGGUAAGGUUGUCGAGGGUGACCUGAAGGAGCUUCUUGGCAAGCGAUCCGAUGAGAACGGUGACAUCUGGAAUGACUUCGGUGAGGUUAUCGGUAAGGGCGAGCCUGUCUCCGUCGCAGAGCGCGAGGAGAAGUCAUCUGCUCCCUUCGAGCACUUCUCUGGUGCCACCGUCGAGUCUGAUGGCCGUGUCAUGUACCAGGGCGAGCAGGUCGGUGUGGUCAUCGAGGGUAACCCCAAGGAGCUCAAGGGUAUCCAGGAGCCCGAGAAGCCCAUCGACAACUCUGCCCUUGCUGGUAAGCGUGUCAACAAGGCCGGUAACCUCGUCAGCGAGUCUGGCGAGAUCUACGGUCGUGUAAUUGAGGGUGAUGUCAAGAAGCUUGUCGGACGCAUGUCUGACCGAGAGGGCAACAUCCGAAGUGAGUCUGGCGACAUCAUUGGCAAGGCCGAGCUUGUUUCUGAAGGCGAGCGUGGUGGCAAGAAGGAUGGUCCUUUCGCUGGACUUACGAACUGCAUCGUCUCCAAGGAUGGUAAGGUUGUGAACCAAGCUGGCGAGACUGUUGGACGACUUGUCAUUGGAGAUGCCAAGGCUUUGGUUGGACGUGCUGUCGAUGAUGAUGGCGAGAUUGUCGACUCAAACGGCAAUGUCAUUGGCAAGGCCGAGCGCUGGGAGGAGCCCGAGAAGGAGCAGAAGCACAACCCUCUUGCUGGUCGCAAGGUGAACCGUGAGGGCAACGUUGUUGACGCUGAUGGUAACAUCAUCGGUAAGCUUACCAGUGGUGAGCUCCUUGACUGCGCCGGCAAGGAGAUUGAUGAAGAUGGUGAUGUCUUCAACCAGAAGGGGAGCGUCAUUGGUCACGUUUCUCUUCUCGAGGAUAUCCCCAAGGAGGAAGGGCCCGAGCCUGAGGGUGAGACCGAGGAGGAGCGCAUCAAACGCGAGCAGGCCGAGGCCGAUGAGAAGAAGCAGGCUGAGGAGGCGGAGAAGAACAAGAAGCUUGCCCAGUCGCUCGCUUACCAGAUCGAGCAGACUCUGGAGCGACUCCGACCUAUCUGCAGGUCCAUCAAGGACAAGAUUAGCGCCGCCGAGGCUCAGAAGCCUGCGGACCGUGACGAGGAGGAACUUGUCCGACAGGUCAAGCCUCUGAUCGAGGAAGGUGGUAAGAUCUUGACUGAGACCAACGGUAUCAUCCGGGGUCUUGACCCUGAUGGCCGUAUCUCCCGCAACGCCAGGCAGAAGACUGCUGCUGGUGAAGCUACUCCUGAGGAAGCUCACCUUGCCAACCUUCUCAAGGAGCUCUCCACUGAGAUCCAAACCACCAUUGAGGAGGGUAAGCGCAAGCUCGAAGGUAUGCCCCAUGCUAAGAAGGAGAUUAACCCUCUCUGGGCUCUUCUCGCAGAGCCUCUCUUCCAGAUCGUCGCCGCUGUUGGUCUCCUGCUCAGCGGUGUGCUUGGUCUUGUUGGCAAGCUUCUCGGUCCCAUCCUGAGCCCUCUGCUGAACGGUCUUGGUCUUGGUGGCCUCCUUGAUGGUUUACUCGGAGGUCUUGGUCUCAAGAAGAUCCUCAGUGGCCUUGGCCUUGGUGUUGUUGUCGGCACCGUCACUGGCAAGAAAUAA